AUGGAGGCGUCAAGUUGUGUAACUGGUUCUGACAGUCGAGAUUAUGGUGUAGAAUUACUUGACCGUUUGGCUGGUAAGGUUAGUGGGGAUCCGUCAUCUCUUGGCGUUGAUCCUGCGAAACUGCGAAUCUACUUUAUGAAGUGUUUAAGCGAUCUGCAAAAUGCUCGAACUCGGCUCGUAUCUGAGUCAGCUCGAUUAGAGACUCAAUGCCGUCAAGAAAAUAAGAAGUUUGUUUCCGAGGUCUUGGAACUCAGCGAUCAGUUGUCCGAAGCAAGCAAGACAUUUAAAGAACUUGAUACGAAGAUAAAUGUCGUCUCCGGUAAAAUAAUACAUCUUGGAGACCAGCUUGAAAGAAGAAAUGCUCCCCGAGAGAGUCUCAAGGAAGCUCGCAGGCUUAUCUUAGAAUUCUCCAAGUUUCUUGGGGCUGGAGGUGGUACAUUCGCCAACAUUUCCCUGAUCGAGAAGACCGCUAGCAUUCGAGCACUAAGUGCGCUAUGCUUGGAGCUUCCAGAUGACGAACGAUUCCUGAUUGCCAAGCAGCGAGUCACUGUUGCUAGCCAAAAUCUAGAAAAUCUACUGGUGAAGUGGUUUCGUCAUGACUUUUCUACUGAGAAUGAUGAAAUGAUGCGACGCAUUGCGGAAGUGUUGACCUGCUCAAGGAGUCAGUCAGGCUGUGCUGAUGUCUUUAUUGAUGAAUUUCUCAAAUGUCUUCCUACAGAUCUAGGUGAUUUGUCUAUGCUACCAAAUAUCCUUGCACAAACGGAGGCCAAAAUCGUUCGCAUUUUUCGCCGACCGGAAACCGUUGUAAUUCACUUAAUACAAGCAUUAUUUUCUCGAAAUCUAAAGACACAUUUUCAAUCCAAGGUACGAUUGGACAUGUCUAUUGAUGUUUUUCUAACCAAUCUCUACACCGAAUACUGCAAUUUUGAUCGUCUUGUGUUUCAAUUAAUUGAACGUCUUCAAUUCCUCUCGGAUGAGACCCAGUUGUACAAACUUCUCAGCGGCUUAGCUGACGAAGUACUCCAGGGCUACGAACUCCGAGAAAUGCGCUGGCUUGAUGAACAUCUUCGGGGUCAAUUAUCCACUUAUUAUGCUUCGUACAAUCAUCAAAAACGUCCAACUUCAUCUGGGUUCUCGGAACUGAAAAAUGCGGUACAGGCGCGACUUCAUAUCAAUAAUGAUCGGGAAGUCUCUUUGGAUUGUCUUCUCCUCUCUCAGCAGGUCGCAGUAAACAUGCUUGACGACGUCAAACAGUCAGCAAAACGUUGUCUUUUGCUUGCCAAGCCUGCAGUGAGGCCGCAAUUCGGGCUGAAAAUCUUUGACGUACUAGUCCGCUAUUUGGUGAAUGAACACAUAGACUAUGGAAUCUCUGUUGCUUUGCAAGUUUUGAACAGCAUGGAUCCCAAGGCCGUGGACCCGUCAUUCACCUUUUUUGCGGCUGUAAAUGAAGGCACCACGCUGUUCGACCUCUUUGAGAAAGCAGUUAACGAAUUCAUUGGACCUCUGCUCGCUGGCGGCCCACCUCAAAUGCAAAAGUGUCUGGCAAGGCGGCAGGAAUUGCGACAUCGUCUUGAGGAGAAGCUCUCGACGGGCCUAGAGCAGUGCCUCAGUCUUGCCCUAACUCGCAUCCAGGUUAUCCUGUUGAACGAGCAGAAGAAGGCCGAUUUCAAGGGUGACGUUUCAGUGCCAAGCUCUGCUGUGACAGUCGAACUUCCUGCUUGCUCCUCUGCUUGCCAAGACGUUUGCAAAUUCGUUCGAAAAGUUAUCGAAGGCGCUCGGCAAAAUUUGGACGGCCAAAACCUCUGCAAUUUUUUGCAAGAACUGGGCUUGCGAUUUCAUCGCCUUUUGGUGGAUCAUUUUUAUGGCUUCUCUUUCUCUGAUUCAGGUGGAUUCGUUGCCAUGCAAGAUGUUACGGCCUAUCGUGAUACUGCUCGUGAAUGUCAGAGCCCAAAAAUAGACUACCUUUUUGACAUUUUGCUCAAAUUAAUGAAUUUGAUGUUAAUAAAGCCUCAAAAUGUGCGACAAGUUUGGCAAGACUACGAGCAAUCGGGAAUACCCAAAGAGCUCCUAGCAAACUUCAUCUCUUUACGAGCCGACUAUAAGUCACGGCUGCAAUCCGCAAUCAAGCACUACUCGGAGGCUUCACGAUGA